AUCAUGAGCCCCCAGAUGUGCAUUUUGCUUCUGUGUGGUGCUUGGGUUAUUGGCCUCAUUCAUGCAGUGGUCCAGUUAGCUUUUGUUGUCCAUUUGCCUUUUUGUGGUCCUAAUGAGAUAGAUAGCUUCUAUUGUGACCUUCCUUGGUUUAUCAAACUUUCCUGCACAGACACCUACAGAAUGGAAUUCAUGGUUACUGCCAACAGUGGGUUCAUUUCCAUGGCCACCUUCUUCUUCCUGCUUAUCUCCUAUAUCUUCAUCUUGGUCACUGUAUGGAGGCGUUCCUCAGGUGGCUUGUCUAAAGCCUUUUCUACUUUGUCAGCUCACAUCACUGUGGUGGUUUUGUUCUUCGGACCGUGCAUCUUUAUUUAUGUGUGGCCAUUUCCCACAGUGCCUGUGGAUAAGUUUCUUGCCAUUUUGGACUUUCUGAUUACACCCAUUCUGAAUCCCAUUAUCUACACACUGAGGAAUAAGGACAUGAAGAUGGCAAUGAAGAGACUGAGUAGUCAACUCCUGAGUUUGAGAAUGAUCUCCUAA